CACGCAGUCUCCAGACAGGCAAGGGAAGUCUCACUCACAGCUAGCUAGCUAGCAAGCUAACAUUGGUAUCUGUAGUUUUCUGAGUGAACGGUAUGGAUUCAUAUAAAUAAUCGUUUGAUUGAGUCGACCAGAAGUGAGGGUUCUAAAUGCCAUACAUUCUUGACAACAGAAGCACCUUCUACACACUAACACUGUUGAAUGCGGGUCCAAGCCAGUGUCGAAUGCCUAAAACUGCCAUGUCUCAGGUGGAGAAGAAGGCGGGGCUUCUGAGAAGGACGUCCUCCUCUAAGAAACCCCUGAAGGAGAAAGUGGUGCUGAUGUAUGAUGAGAUCUUUGCGAAAGACGAUCCAGCCAAGAACAACUCUCGCUUCUGGGAUGAACUCUUCCUCAUGAAGGUGAAUCUGGAGUACCUGGAGGCCAAGCUAGAGUCUCUGGAUGGAGAUGAGGUGAUGAAGAUUAAAGACAACAUCAACAGUCUGUUCCACCACUGUGUUCAGGCCCUGGCAGAGGAGCACCAGAUCAAAGUGGUCAACGCCCUACAGACUCUGUGUGCCUUGUUCCGUGGGGUUCACCAGAAGAACAAGUCAGCCUCGGGCUUCGACAUCAUCAACAUGCUCAUGGGCUUCGACAAGGCUGAGCUCCGCAUGAAGGACCUGAUGGAGAGUUUAGACAGCCUGCUGUGUGGGGAGGGUUCAGAAAGUCUCAAGGCCCUGUGUCUCAAACUACUGCUGUGUUUAGUGACGGUAACAGACAACAUCAGUCAGAACACCAUCCUAGAGUAUGUCAUGAUCAACAGCAUCUUUGAGGCCAUUCUUCAGAUCCUAUCAGACGUGUCCACUAGAGGGCAACAUGGUUAUGAUGCUGUUGUCCUCCUGGCUCUGCUGGUCAACUACAGGAAGUACGAGUCUGUGAAUCCCUACAUUGUGAAGCUCUCCAUAGUGGACGAUGAACCAACCCUAGAUGGAAUGGGUCUGGUGGUUGGCCAAGCCCUGACAGAAUAUAACAGACAGUACAAAGACAAAGAGGAGGAGAACCAUGGAGGGUUCUUCUCUACUCUCACCAGUAUGGUGGGCAGUAUGUUCAUUGCAGAUGCGGAUGAGAAGCUCUCAGUACAGACCAAUGAGGCGAUUCUGCUGGCGCUGUACGAGGCCGUGCACCUCAACCGCAACUUCAUCACUGUUCUCGCUCAGAGUCACCCAGAGAUUGACAUCCCGACCACACCCAUCACCCCUGUUCUGACCACUCCCACGACGCCGCUCGGCACAACCCCGCCCUCUAUGGACAUGAUGAACUCUUCAGAACUCCCCCUGGAUCCUAACCUCCAGAGCAGCAACCUGCUCAUCACCUUCCUCAAGUACUCCUCCAUCGUCAUGCAGGACACCAAAGAUGAACACAGACUCAACAGUGCCAGACUCUGUCUCAUCAUCCUCACCUGUAUAACAGAGGACCAGUAUGCUGAUGCCUUUCUCCACGACGACAACAUGAACUUCAGAGUCAAUCUACAUAGAAUGCCCAUGAGACACAGGAAAAAGGCAGCAGAGAAGAACGUCCCGUCCAGACCUCUGGUGUGUGCUGUUCUAGACCUGAUGGUUGAGUUCAUCGUAACUCAUAUGAUGAAGGACUUUCCUAUGGAUCUCUACAUGCGUUGCGUACAGGUGAUCCACAAGCUCAUCUGCUACCAGAAGAAAUGCAGAAUCAGGUUACAUUAUACCUGGAGAGAACUGUGGUCAGCUCUGAUCAACCUGUUGAAAUUUCUGCUGUCCAAUGAGACCGUUCUGUUGGCCAAGCACAACAUCUUUCACCUGGCUCUGCUGGUGGUGAAUCUGUUCAACAUGUUUAUAACAUAUGGAGAUACGUUCCUGCCCACCUCCAACAGUUAUGAUGAACUUUACUAUGAGAUCGUCAGGAUGCACCAGAUCUUUGACAACCUCUACUGCAUGGUUCUGAGAGUGUCCACCAACACUGGCCAGUGGAAGGAGCCUGCCAGUAAAGUCACACACUCACUGGUCAAUGUCAGGGCCAUUAUCAACCAUUUCAACCCCAAGAUUGAGUCGUACGCUGCAGUGAACCACAUCUCCCAGCUGUCUGAGGACCAGGUAUUGGAGGUGGUUCGGUCCAACUAUGACACGUUGACCCUGAAGCUGCAGGAUGGUCUGGACCAGUUUGAGAGAUACUCUGAACAACCCAAGGAGGCUGCCUUCUUUAAAGAACUGGUGCGCUCCAUCAGUCUGAAUGUGAGGAAGAAUGUGUCUCUGAACACACUGAGUCAGGACCUCCUGCUCAAAGAGUUCUCCACCAUCUCCUGAGAGACACAUCUCACAGCCCUCACACCCCUGCCUCGAUCUGACUACACACACACACUCCUCCCUCCUCACCAAUCCACACACAGCCCUCUCAAAGAGUUCUCCACCAUCUCCUGAGAGACACAUCUCACAGCCCUCACACCCCUGCCUCGAUCUGACUACACACACACACUCCUCCCUCCUCACCAAUCCACACACAGCCCUCUCAAAGAGUUCUCCACCAUCUCCUGAGAGACACAUCUCACAGCCCUCACACCCCUGCCUCGAUCUGACUACACACACACACACACUCCUCCCUCCUCACCAAUCCACACACAGCCCUCUCAAAGAGUUCUCCACCAUCUCCUGAGAGACACAUCUCACAGCCCUCACACCCCUGCCUCGAUCUGACUACACACACACACACACUCCUCCCUCCUCACCAAUCCACACACAGCCCUCUCAAAGAGUUCUCCACCAUCUCCUGACAGGGAGGGGUGCACACAUACCUCUCUCCCACCUGCCCCACACACCUUUCCCCCACUGCCUCACCUCUCUCUCUCCCCCACCUGCACCACACACCUCUCCCCCAUAGCCUC